AUGGUGGAGCGUAGUGUGAAAUCAGAGCAUGGAGUCGACCUGUUCCUGCCUCCUGGCUUCAGGUUCCAUCCCACAGAUGAAGAGGUCAUCACCAGCUACCUCCUGCAAAAGUUCUUGAACCCUAGCUUCGCGCCGCACGCCAUCGGGGAGGUGGAUCUCAACAAGUGCGAGCCAUGGGAUCUCCCAAGCAAGGCGAAGAUGGGUGAGAAGGAGUGGUACUUUUUCUGCCACAAGGACAUGAAAUACCCGACGGGCACGCGCGCGAACCGCGCCACCAAGGAGGGCUACUGGAAGGCCACGGGCAAGGACAGGGAGAUCUUCAAGCAGCCUGGCCGUGAGUUGGUGGGGAUGAAGAAGACGCUGGUGUUCUACAUGGGCAGGGCUCCGCGGGGCACCAAGACCAACUGGGUGAUGCACGAGUUCCGCCUUGAGGGCAAGUCCAGGCACACCAACGACUCCCUACGCUUCAAUCCCAAGGAUGAAUGGGUCGUGUGCAAGGUGCACCACAAAGGGGGCGAAGAGGGCAGCAGUACGAAGAAGGCCGCCGCCGGCGAGGAGAACUACUCCUCCGCCGGAACGCCCAACGUCAGUUCCGUCGAGGCCGUUGAAGGCGACGAGUUCCUCGUUGACUCCUUGCUGGAUUACUCCAGCUACUUCAACUCCAGCUUGCCUUUGCCCCCUAGCACGACGACGACCAUCAGCGCCGCAGCGCCGCCGUACAACGCGGACUUGUAUCCUGUUCACACCACCACCACCAUCGCCAACGCUGGAUUGACGACGACUACGAGUACUUGCUUCGUCGGCCUGCCGACUGACGCCAGCAACUCACAGCACGUGGCGGCCGUGGCCAACUCAGCAGCAACUGCAACGAACAACCACGACAGCUCCUCCUGGAACAUGCUUCGCCAUGCGCCAGACCAACAAGCAAUGGGGACGAACUACAGCUUGCACCACCAGGCAAUGGUGGCGAAAGCUCUAGGCGGCGGCGGCGUAACCUCUCCGAACUUCGCCGCUGGUUUGCCGAGUUCGUCGGUGGCGGCGGCCGGCCGAAUUGCGCAACAUAAUUCCCAGAAUGUUCUGCUGCAGCAGAGGCUUGCUUGGAACUACGGGGGAAAUUAUGCUGCAGGUUACCAUACAAGCAAGUAA